AUGAAAACCAUUGAAAUCUUCUGCGCAUCACAAGCCUCAACAGCCAUUUGUCUUAACACCAAUCACGCCUCCUCCUCCUCCUCCUCCAACACCAUUCAAUUUGGUGGUAGAGCCAUUGAUCGCCACAACCCCAUCAUCACAGAUCCAAAAAGAACACCAGCAAGACAUUUCACUCUCCCUACCUCUCCUUCUCCAUCACCUAUCAACCCAAAACCUCUCCAUGAUCUCAAAAAAACCAAGAAAAAUAAAACUACAACAACCGCUCAAAAUUCUACUCAUCAUAAACAUAUUGCUAAUAAUUUCUCUUCAAAACCAUUUGAUAAUAUCCUAAGAAGAAGUAGGCUUAAACCACCUUCUGAUUUAAUCACUCCUACUUCUUCACGAUAUUUGCUUGAUGACAUUACUUCUUUCGACGGUGUUUUAGAUCAUGACCCUGUUUUCGGUUCAACUAAGGUUCACGAUAGCAAAAAAAAGGCUCAACUUUUUCAUGAAGAUGAAAAUAAUCAUUCAUCUCAACAACCAUCUACCUCCUCUGUUCCAAAGUCUAGUUCUACAAGCCAGGUUGUGGUAUUAAGGGUUUCUCUGCACUGUAAAGGCUGUGAAGGGAAGGUGAGGAAACAUCUCUCUAGAAUGCAAGGUGUUACAUCCUUCAACAUAGACUUUGCAGCAAAGAAGGUUACAGUGGUUGGUGAUGUGACUCCUUUGAGUGUAAUGGCAAGCAUAUCAAAGGUGAAAACUGCAAAAAUUUGGCCAGAAACUGCUUCACCAAAUGGAUCUGGUGCUGAUGAAACAAAGAAGACAAACACUGUGAUCUAG